AUGGACGGAACAGUUUGUGAUGAAAAUGGGGGUGACUGUGUAAGAGAAGGCGGUGGGGGAUGUCAUGUGAGGCUAGUAAGUACAGUAGAGAUUGCACCAACACCAAUGCCCGAGAUGAAUGCUGUGAAGUGGAAGGAAUUGUUGUUAGGAAAGAAGCAAACUUUUGCAAAUGCCACAGAAUUCAGAAAGGCAGUAUAUAAGUUUAGUAUUGCAGAAAACUUCGAGUACAAAUAUAUCAAAAAUUAUGAGGAAUGUGUGCAUGUGAAAUGCAAAGUUGAAGGUUGUCCUUGGUGGAUAAUAGCAAGAGUAGCUGCGAAGAGAAGUCCUUUCCUCGUUGUAACUCGACUCAGCAAUGAACAUGUGCAUAAUGUCCAAGAGAUGAUGCAAGUUACACAUGGUGGAAGAGCAGCCUUGACAUCAUCAAUUAUCAUUGAGGAGGUAAGGGAUCACACUGAAAAGCAUCCAAAUGAAAUAAGGAGGACCUUGGCAAGGGAUUAUGGUGUGAAGUUGAUAUAUAAGCAAGCAUAUAGGGCUAAGGAAAAAGCAUUAGAGGAAAUACAAGGGAGGCCUGAACAGUCAUACAUGUUGAUACCAUGGAUAUGUCAACGAUUAAAGGAAACCGAUGAGAAGACGGUAGCUGAAUGGGUAGCAACUGUUAACAAUAUAUUUGAGCGUGUUUUCAUAGCAUAUGGUUGUUGCAUAGAGGGUUUUUUGUCUGGAGCAAGACAUAUACUGUACAUAGAUGGAACACAUUUGAGUGGACCAUAUAGGGGAACGUUGCUAUCAGCCUCAGCAUAUGACGUGGACAAUGAAUUGUUACCAUUCGCGUAUGCUAUUGUGAAAGGAGAGACUUAUGAGGAGUGGGCAUGGUUCUUAAACAUGAUAAAACAGAUAGUUGGUGCAAUCCAAUUAACUAUUGUGUCAGAUCGUCACAAUGCAAUAAUAGGAGCUGUUGGAGCAAUAUUUGGAGGUGACCGUCAUGCAUACUGUUAUAGGCACGUGAAGGAAAAUUUCAGCUAUGAAAUGAAUAAAUUAUACAGAGGUAGGAGGAGAUAG